AUGGCUUCAACUGAAGUCGUCGACCCGGAGUUCGUCCUUCCCACAACGGCGCCGGACAAAAAGUCGUUCCAGGAAGUUGAGCGAUCCAUGUCCCGCGAGAAGACCUACCACCAGCGCCUCGAAAAGGUCGACAAUGAAUUGUCCAAGUACGUCGGUGAUGGCUCCAUCACUGUCUCCCGGGAACGGAGUGACGAGCUGCGCAAGAUGAUCGACCGUCGCGUCCUGGUCAUCAUGAUCGGAACCUACUUCCUCCAGGCUAUUGACAAGGGUACCAUGUCCUUCGCGUCCAUCAUGGGUCUCCAAGAAGACACCAGACUCAAGGGCCAGGAGUUCUCCUGGCUAACCACCUGUAUAUACAUCGCUAUCCUGUUCGUCGAGUACCCCCAAAACUACAUCAUCGCCCGCGUCCCCAUCGCAAAGUACCUGAGCUUCUCCAUCAUCGCCUGGGGUACCGUGCUUGCAUGCCACGCCGCUUGUACCAACUUUACCGGUCUCGUUGUUGUCCGCACCCUCCUCGGUAUCUUCGAGUCAGCUUGCCAGCCAGCUUUCGUCGUCCUCUCUUCUAUGUGGUACCGCCGCGAAGAGCAGGCGUCCCGUGUCACCUACUGGUACAUGAUGAAUGGCGCCCAGCAGGUGGUCGGCGGUCUUCUCGCCUACUGCUUCACCCACAUCAAGAGCGGUCCGCUCAAGUCCUGGCAGUGGUUAUUCCUAGCUUACGGUAUCAUCUCCGUCGUCUUCGGGGUAUUCGUACUAAUCUGGAUGCCCGACUCCCCCAUGCGUGCCAAGUGCUACUCCGAGGAGGUCAAACACGAGAUGGUUGAGCGUGUCCGCGACAACCAGACCGGUAUCCAAAACAAGACCUUCAAGCGCGAGCAGGCCAUCGAGGCCCUCAAGGACCCCCAGGUCUGGGGGUACUCCCUCAUCGCUCUUUGUACCACUCUGCCCACUUCUGGCCUCGGCGCCUUCGCCAACAUUAUCAUCAAGAGUUUCGGGUUCAAUACCCUUGAGGUCCAGCUGCUCGCCAUGGUUCUUGGUUUUUACAUCAUCUUUGUUCUCCUUGGUUCCGUCUGGUUGGUGAAGAGAUUCAACCAAAACCUCUACGUCAUGCUCGGCUUCUGUGCUCCCUCGAUCGUUGGCACUGUCCUCCUGAUGACCAUCCCCGACGACACCUUCUCCCAGAGGGUCGGUCUGCUCAUCUGCUAUUACAUCACCCUGUCUUUCUGGUCCGCACAAACCCUCGCCUUGUCUCUCAUAUCCCGAAACAUUGCUGGCCAGACAAAGAAGCAGUUUGCUGUCGCCAUCAACUUCAUCGUGUGGGCCGCCGGUAACUCUAUCGGCCCCCAGGUCUUCCUCAAGUGGGAUGGUCCCCGCUACUUCAUCGCCUUCGCCACCCACUUGGGCUGCUACGCGCUGCUAAUCAUCAUCAUCAUUGGUCUCCGCAUUUACCUCUCCCGCGAGAACAAGAAACGAGACGCCAUGGUUGCUGCCGGUAUCGCGGAGGCUUCUCCUGAGUACACUGUUCACUCUUUCGAGGACAUAACCGACAAGGAAAAUCUGUCUUUCCGAUAUGUAUUCUAG